AUGGGGAACGGUUCACAUGCUUCUGUUCAUGGUGUUGGCACGGUAGAUCUGAAAUUUACUUCGGGGAAGAUCGUGCAGCUGAGGAACGUGCAGCAUGUGCCCACUAUCAACAAGAAUCUGGUCAGCGGUUGUCUAUUUUUCCAACACGAGGGGCGCCGACACGCGGACGGCUGCCUGCGGUGGCUCGACACGAAGCCGGCCGGGUUGGUGGCGUACGUGUCCUUCGGCACGCAGUCCCGUUUCUCGCCGCCCGAGCUGCGCGAGCUCACGCGCGGCCUCGACCUCUCCGGCAAGAACUUCAUCUGGGUUGUCGGCGGCGCGGACACCGAGGAGUCGGAGUGGAUGCCCGACGGGUUCACGGAGCUGCUGGCGCGCGGCGAGCGUGGGCUCGUCAUCCGGGGCUGGGCGCCGCAGAUGCUGAUCCUGAACCACGCCGUCGUGGGCGGCUUCGUGACCCACUGCGGGUGGAACUCGACGCUGGAGGCCGUGAGCGCCGGCGUGCCGAUGGUGACGUGGCCGCGGUACGCAGACCAGUUCUACAACGAGAAGUUGGUCAGGGAGCUGCUCAAGGUCGGGGUCGGCGUCGGGUCCAUGGACUACGCGUCGAAGCUGGAGGCGCGGCGCGUGAUCGGCUGCGAGGUGGUCGCUGAGGCCAUCGGGAGGGUGAUGGGCGACGGCGAGGAGGCGGAGGCGAUAAGAGAGCGGGCCAGGGUGCUCGGGGAGAAGGCCAGCUGCGCAGUGGAGAAGGAUGGGUCCUCGUACGACGACGUCGGGCGGCUGAUGGACGAGCUGAUGGCGGGGCUUGCUAAUCAGAGCGCGCCAGGAGCGCUGCUAGCGCACGAUCCCCGACAAUGGUUGUUUUUCCAUUUCUAG